AUGGCCAGAUGUAUCGACAACAACGGCAACGCAUACAGAUGUAACUCAGCGUGGUACGACUGGGGUAGAUGGGUCGCCCUCGCCGUCAUCAUCCUCGGCGCAUUCCUCAUCUUCUUCCUCUUUAGCUUGUUGAGCGCUCGCCGAAGACGUCGCAUGGGCAGACAACCCAUGUACGGCACAGGAUGGGUGGGCCGCACUCCUUGGGGUCACGCUCCUGCCCAGUACAACCCGGGCUAUCAGCAAACACAACAAGCGCCGCCUGCCUACAAUCAAACUCAGAAUUACGGUGGCUACUACGGACAGAAUCAAGGCUACUUUGGCGGGAGACAGACGGAUUUCGAGAUGCAGCCGCCGGCAAACACCUACCGAGGAGGAGACGAUGUCUACACUCCCCCGACGGGUCCUCCACCAGCCAAAAAGUGA